GUCCAUAUUCUUCAUAUCUUCUCUCUCGUUUCCCUCCACAGACUUGUAUGUCUCUCUCAGACUCUGAAUCUUAAGUAGUCCUAGACUCGGUCACACUAUUCGGAAAAGUUGAGUUCUGUCUUUCGCAAACACUCACUCUCGGCUCUCUGAACGAUGGGGAUAGACGCCUCGUUUCUAUUCUCAGGCAUAACCUUCGAUAGAAAGAAGUUCGCGGAAGAUUUCACCAGAUUCAAGGCGAAAGAAGAAAGUGAUGAUUCAGCAGACAAGUCGAAAUUGCUAGAAAGCGAAAACUCUGAAAUUGAGGAGGGAACCCUGAGGGUUAAUAAGAAGAGGAAGAGAAAAGGAAAGCCGAUUUCAGAACCGGUAGAAGGGUUUAGUGUUUUCAAGAGUUCAAAAUCAGAAGUUGUGACUGAAGAAGUUGAACGAACUGAAAAUGAGAUUUCUCAAGGAAAGAAGGAAUUCUAUAGGCAAUUGGAGAGGGAUGCAGUUUUGAGGAAGAAGCAUAACAUUCAUAUUUCUGGGAGCCUUGUCCCAUCUCCACUUCAGAAUUUUGCGGAGUUGAGAUCAAGGUAUAAAUGUAAACCGUAUUUACUACGCAAUUUGGCAGAACUUGGAUUUAGAGAGCCAACACCGAUUCAAAGGCAGGCUAUUCCAGCCCUACUAUCUGGACGGGAAUGCUUUGCAUGUGCUCCAACUGGUUCUGGAAAAACAUUGGCUUUCGUCUGUCCUAUGCUUAUGAAACUUAAGCAUGCUUCAAAGGAUGGUGUCCGAGCUGUUAUCAUUUGUCCUACACGAGAGUUAGCUGCUCAGACGGCAAGAGAAUGUAAGCAAAUGGCUAAAGGGAAAAGAUUUUAUAUCAAGUUGAUGACCAAACAGCUUGUUAAAGGUGCUGAUUUUUCAAAGCUGCCUUGUGAUAUCCUCAUUUCAACACCAUUUCGCUUACAAUUCGCUAUCCGCAAAAGGAAGCUUGAUUUAAGCAGGGUUGAGUACCUUGUUCUGGAUGAAUCCGAUCAUUUAUUUGAGCUAGGCUUGGUGAAGCAGGUCGAUUCUGUGGUCAAAGCUUGCUCAAAUCCUUCAGUAUUGCGCUCUUUGUUCAGUGCUACUUUACCUGAUUCAGUUGAAGAGCUUGCGCGCACAAUAAUGCAUGAUGCUGUUCGAGUUAUUAUUGGGAGGAAGAACACUGCUUCUGACUUGAUAAAGCAAAAACUGGUAUUUGUUGGAAGUGAAGAAGGGAAGUUUCUUGCUCUUCGUCAAUGCUUUACAGAGAGUCUGAAUCCACCGGUAUUAGUAUUUGUCCAAAACAAGGAACGGGCAAAGGAGCUCUACAAGGAACUGAAAUUUGACGACAUUAGAGCUGAUGUAAUCCAUUCUGAUCUGCACCAAGUGCUGCGCGAAAAUGCCGUUGACAACUUCAGAGCUGGCAAAACAUGGGUUUUGAUUGCCACUGAUGUUAUUGCCCGUGGUAUGGAUUUCAAAGGCAUUAAUUGUGUGAUUAAUUAUGAUUUCCCAGAUUCUGCAGCAGCAUACAUUCACCGGAUUGGUCGGUCGGGCAGGGCAGGGAGAAGUGGAGAGGCUAUAACUUUAUACACAGAAGCAGAUGUUCCAUUUCUGCGAAACAUAGCCAAUGUGAUUGCAGCUUCUGGGUGUGAAGUUCCAGCUUGGAUCAUGUCUUUGCCCAAACUAAAGCGGAAGAAGCACAGGCCACAAAGAGAGUCUAUAUCAACCAAAUCAUCCGAUGAUGAGCAAUAAGUACUGUUCUUUUGUUACUUAUUUACCGAUUAGCUUUCUGCAUACCAGAGGUUUUGUUCUUGUUUCUCGUUUGUAGCUGUAUCCGUUAUCUUUUUAUUAUUUUUGUAAUUAAGUCUUCGUAUUUCCGAUGUUAAUUUCUCAAAUGAGUUCCUGUGCGCGUUACUAUUCAAUAGGAAAAUUAUACCAAUUUUUUGCCUGCCUUGAUGAGUUG